UUUCUUCAGUCUCUUGUCUUCCUCAUAUCCAACAUAUUGCUUUCCGUACUAGCGUUCUCUCUUUUUCCCUUCAAUAUCUCAUUUCUCUGUGAUCUCUUUCUUGUGGUCCAUUCCUCUUUCUAACAUCUUAUAACAAUCCAUAUUUCUGCUUUGCAUUUCUUAUUCUUCUGCGUCAUAGUUUCUCAAGAAGAAAGAAGUCACUAUACAUCUUUGAGAUAUGUCGAGCAGAAGAUCGAGGGAGUCCUCAUCAAGUUCGAGGAUUACUGAUGAUCAGAUCAUUGAACUUGUGUCCAAAUUGCAGCAACUUUUGCCCGAGAUUCGUAAUAGGCGCUCCAACAAGGCAUCAGCAAACAAGGUACUUCAGGAAACAUGCAACUACAUUAGAAGUUUGCACAAAGAAGUGGAUGAUCUGAGUGAGAGGCUAUCACAGUUACUUUCUACUGUAGAUGCCGACAGUCCCGAGGCUGGGAUAAUUAGGAGUUUAAUAAUGUAAUAAUAUAUAAGCUUAUUAUUAUUAUUAUUAUUAUUAUUAUUAUUAUUAUUAUUAUUAUUAUUAUUAUUAUUAUUAUUAUUAUUAUUAUUAUUAUUAUGUACGAGGUGGCUGUAAUUUAUCAGGGUAUUUAUUAAUCGUGUAACUUAAGGAUUUAACUAAAUAAUUCUAAUUCUCCUAGGUUUGGCCCCUACCUAUCUAGGCCAAUCAGGCAUUAGAACCAAAAUAUUAGAUUUAAGUGUCUGUGGAAAUAAACUUAUGUUGUAAUUGAGUUGCAUUAGUAAUUAAUUAAAGAUAUUGUUAUGUAUUUC